UCAAAAUGAGAGUCACUACCAACCCUCCUUCCAUGGUCAAACCAUCCCAGCAAUCAUGGUCUGGUCGGAUUGCAUUAUCUGAACUAGACCAGACGGGUAUGACCACACAUGUCCCUACUAUCUACUUCUAUGCCAGAUCCUCUGAGAACUGGAAGAGUUUCCUACAAACCCUAAUAAAUUCUGUCGCCACCACGCUUGUCCAUUUCUACCCUCUAGCUGGUCGGCUAGUUUCUACCGCUGGUGGCCGUCUGGAACUCAACUGUAAUGCGGCCGGUGUACAGUUCACUGAAGCUUAUGCAGAUGUAAAACUAGCCGACUUAGAUGAUUUCAUGCGGCAUCCGAUCUUUGAUCAACUUAUUCCCAGUGUAGAUUAUCGCCAUACAUCCCUUGAAGAAAUGCCAUUGUUGCUUUUACAAGUUACACGAUUUCAAUGUGGAGGAUGGUCUUUGGGGUUUUGUAUAUCACAUGUUGUCGUGGACGGGCAAAGCGCGCUUCAUUUUCUGUCAGAAUGGGCCAGAGUUUGUCGUGGGGAACCAUUGGGUCCACCCCCCUAUCUUGACAGAAAAGUUUUGCGUGCUGGUGAUCCUCCGGCGACAAGUUUUAACAAAAGUAUUGAACAACAUGCACAAAGUAGUCCUCCACCAAACCUUCUAGGUCAGUCUAGCAAUGAAAAUGAACGCAAUAAGGAAACCACCGUAACAAUGUUGAAGUUAACUGAAACCUUGGUAAGAAAACUACAACACCAAGCUAACAAAAACAAAAAAUCCAAAUCCAGUCGUAAUUUUACACGUUAUGAAGUCGUAACAGCACAUGCAUGGCGAACAGCAUGCAAGAUUCGUAAUCUUGAACCGGAGCAACCAACUUCAAUUGGUGUUUGCAUUGACAUUAGAAGCCGGAUGAAUCCACCAUUGCCGGAUAAGUACUUUGGAAAUGCCAUCAUUGACAUGAUCGCCACCGGGACUUCCUGUGAGAUAGUCUCAGAGACGUUAGGGUAUGUUUCAAGCAAGAUACGAGACGCAAUUGAGAAGGUGAACGAUGAGUUUGUGAAUUCAGUGAUUGAUUUCUUGAAGAACCAGGAAGAUUUGUCAAAGUUUCAAGAUUUGCAUUUGGCUAAAGAUGAUGAAGGGCCAUUUUAUGGGAACCCAAACCUGGGUGUAAUCAGCUGGAUAACGUUGCCAAUGUAUGGUAUUGAUUUUGGGUGGGGAAAGGAGAUUUUCACUGGUCCAGGCACUGACGAUGCCGAAGAUGGUGAUUUCUUGGUUCUUCGUGGGGAAGAAGGAGAUGGGUCGUUGAUUCUAGCUCUGUGUUUGCAGGUCAGACAUAUGGAGGAUUUCAGAAGAGUGUUAUAUCAAAGUAUUGAAGAAGAUUGAUUUGCUUAUUUCAUUUCAUUAUAUUUGAUUGGAAA